GGGGAGGGGAGUCUGAGGCAGGGGUGGUGACGGGGGAAGUCUUCAGGGUAUGUGUGGAAAGUUAGACCUCCACACCCAUUCCACUUCAACAUCGCCUGGUCAGAUCUGUAUCAACUGUUACAACUAAGGACAAGCACAAUGGCUCUGGUAUCAGAGUUUCUCGGACAGCUGUCUCUCAACGUUGGGACACAUGAGCCCAAGUUCCCCACUGUGGUACCUGCUGGGGACUUUGAGCCCGACAGAGAUGCGGCCAGAAUCGAGACUGCCAUCAAAACCAAAGGAGUGGACGAGCAGACCAUCAUUGACGUCCUAACAAAGCGGACCUACUCCCAGAGGAGAGACAUUGCUUUUGCAUAUGAAAAAAGGGCAAAGAAGGACAUGAUCACAGCCCUGAAGGCGGCGCUGUCCGGGUCCCUGGAAACUGUGGUCCUCGGUCUGAUGAGGAGCACGGCCCAGUACGACGCCUCGGAAAUCAGAGGAUCAAUCAAGGGUUUGGGAACAGAUGAAGAAACGCUGGUUGAGAUUUUGUGCUCACGCAGCAAUGAUGAGCUGGUGGAGAUUAAGAAGGUCUACAAGGAGUUGUUCAAGAAGGAACUGGAAAAAGAUGUCGCAGGUGACACCUCAGGGAAUUUUGCGAAGCUGCUCUUGGCUCUGGUGCAGACCAAGAGAGCUGAACCGUCUUCCGUCGUGGACUUUGAAAAGGUCGAUGAAGAUGCAAGAGCUCUCUAUGACGCCGGCAUUAAGAAUAAAGGCACUGAUGUGGCGACCUGGAUCUCCAUCAUGUCUGAGAGAAGUGUUCCACACCUGCAGAGAGUGUUUCAGAGGUACAAGAGCUACAGCCCCUAUGACAUGCAGGAGAGUAUCGUGAAGGAAGUCAAAGGAGACUUGCAAAUGUCCUUUCUGGUGCUAGUUCAGUGCUUUGAAAACAAACAGCUGUACUUUGCCAAGAGACUGAACGAAGCCAUGCAGAGUAAAUCAGCCAAAGAGAAGGUGGUGACCAGGAUUGUUGUGUCGCGCUGCGAGGUGGACCUGAAAAAGAUCUGUUCCGAAUACAAGGCCAACUUUGGACAGUCGCUGCAAAAGACUAUUCUGGAACACACCAAGGGAGACUACCAGAAGGCAAUGCUCGGCCUGUGUGGACCAGAGCAGUGUAAAUAAAUCAUCUGUAUCCACCACCGAAAAGGUGAAUAUCACACUUAGAGGAAACUGCGGCAAAAGGCCAUCCAACUUUUCCCCCACACACACAUUUAAAGGCAUCUUUUGGCUAUAUGAAGAAUCUGUAUUUCGUUUUUUGUCAUAACAAACUGGAAAUAAAGUUACAUUGUUGAAGUUA